ACUAGUUAAUUGUAUUAGUUUUAAAUGUUUUAAAUGCUUAAAAAUGAUGUCUAAAAAAGAGUAUGCGUUAUAAGAAAUUGUAAAUAUAAUUUACGGGUCAACAGAGGUUGUCUUUUCAUUUGUUUCCUAAAGACGUUUAUAAUAAUAUAAUACCUAUGAACAUUGAACAUGGUAAUGGCUGUGGGCUGUAGUACUGUAAUAAACAAUAAUCGCCAACAGGCAACAACUGAACGAUAAAUGCCCAGUGACCAGUGGUACUGUGACGGCUGUUAGUAACCCUGCAACGCACGGAUGUGUGCGCGCUAGUCGUAUAACAUCUGCACAGUAACAUCAUCAUUCUUCUCUUUAUCGGCUGUUGGACAACCGAUCGCGUACGCCGCCAUAUACCGCCGAAAUCAUAGAACUACGUUAUACGUAUAAUAAUAAAUAAUAAUGUUCGAGAUGAAAAAAAUGAAAUCGUUAAACUUGCGGUAUAACGAGAUGUGUAACGACUGGGACGGCUUACACGAAUAUCUAGAUCCUAAGAAAUACGAUCACGGUCAGUUGGUGUUGUCUUGGAAAAGACUGAACGUGUCUGUGGAAAAUACCACACAGAAUUUUUUUAUUUCGUCAAAAGUCACUCGCCAACAAAUAUUGUACAACGUUAGUGGAAACGUGCAAUGUGGAAAUCUCCUAGGAAUAAUGGGCCCAAGUGGUUCGGGAAAAACUACUUUGAUGGCCACUAUAAGUCAUCGGACUAAAGGAAAUUUUGGUGGAGAACUAUUAUUGAACGGUCGUCCGGUGUCCGAAGAAGUCAUGAUUAAAAUAUCCGGUUUCGUCCCACAACAAGACGUCACCUUUGAUCAGUUGACGACUUUUGAACACUUGUAUUUAAUGGCGAAUCUAAAAAUGGAUCGCCGCACUAGCAAAACCGCACUGAAGGAUCGCGUCGACUACACUGUUACUGCGUUGGGUAUGCGCGAAUUUCUGGACACCAGACUGUCGGUGUUGUCCGGUGGUGAACGUAAGAAAAUCGCUUUAGCCGUCCAGCUCCUGAACGACCCACCGAUACUGUUUUGCGACGAGGUAACCACAGGCCUAGACAGCUAUACAGCCACACACAUUGUCAACACCCUAAAACGUAUCGCGCGAACCGGUAAAAUUGUAAUUUGCACAAUCCACCAGCCCGCUUCCGGCGUGUUCGACAAGUUCGACGAGGUCAUAUUGUUGUCGAACGGACGGUUGGCGUACCAGGGACCUGUCCCAAUGAUCAAUCAAUUGUUUCAAAGAUUUAAUUACAAAUGCCCAGAUUUGUACAACAAGGCAGAUUUCGUGAUUUCUAUUAUGAAUGCCGAUAAUGAGCAAAUAAAAAGAGAUGUUGAUGAAAUGUGUAAGUUAUCUUCAACGGACAAACAAACGGAUCUCAAUUAUGAUUUAUUUAAUGACCAAGUACUUUUGGAUUAUACACAACAUUUACAAAUACAAAAACCAUUAUGGAUUAUACAGUUAAUAUUCAUUUUAAAGAGAUCUGUCAUAUGUCUUCUAAGAAAUUACAAAAUAAAGCUACUGGAAUUGGGAACUAUAACGUUUCUUGGUGUCAUAUUGUCAACGCCAUACAUGGACCUGAAGUUUGAUACCAAAGCCGUACAAAAUUGGCAAGGAUUUUGGUUCAGUUUGACAACGAAUUCUAUUUUCCAGUAUUGUUAUACGUCUAUUAUAACCUACCAAGUUGAAUUCCCAGUUGUCCAUCGAGAAGUCAGCAACAAUAUUUAUACAUUGAGUGUAUAUUAUACUUCUCAAAUUGUGAUAACGUUCAUUUGGACAGUUCUAGAAACGAUGUUGUAUACAUAUAUAGUGUUUUGGGUAGUAGGUAUUAACUGGGAGCUAUUGGUGGUGACAACGUUCGUGAUAAACAUGUUGAUAUGUAGAUCAUAUGGGAGUGUUCUAUCAGCUUUUUUUGAAAAAUUCGAAAAUAUUGUUAUAUUUUCAUUGGUAUAUGAUUAUCUUGCCGUAGCACUUUCUGGCGUCUACAUUUCACUUGGAACAUUACCAUUUAUAUUGUAUUAUUUAAAAUAUUUAUCAAUAUUUUUUCUUGGCUGUGAAACAUUAUCUAUAUUACAAUGGAAAAACAUCACAUUCAUACCGUGCCUAGAUGUUAAUAACUGCCUGCGCAACGGCAAAGAAGUUUUGUUAAGUUAUGGCUACGACAUUGAUCGAUUCAACACGGAUAUCAUCAUUUUAGGAGUAUUUUACAUUGUUUGCUAUAUGCUUGGAUAUUACGGAUUACUUAGGAGAAUAAAAAAACAACCAGCUUAUUGAAUCAAGACUGAAAUAAAUAAUUUUGUUUUUAUUGAUGAGUAUAAGUAUACAAUAGAUGCAUUCAUUCUUAGCCUAUAAUUUAUUAUAUCCUGUUUUAUUAUUAAUCAUAUAAAUCACCAAUCAUUUUUAAUAUUAUAAUAUAUAAUGUACAAUCAUACUAUAAAUAGUUAUAAGAUAAAUGGUUUUAUUACAAACUCACAAACACGAAAAAAUACUUUUAAAACAUAAUGAUAUUAUGUUAUUGUAUUGG